UCUUUAUAUCUUUUUUUCUUUUUUAAUAUUUCCUAUUAGGGUUUUAUUUAAUUUUGUGGAAUGGACCGUCGCAUGAUGAAAUGGUACAUGGUGUUUGUGGGAUUGGUGUUGGGUUUUAGGGCACAGGGAGCUCCACAGGUUCCGUGUGCGUUCAUCUUUGGAGACUCAUUGUGUGACAAUGGAAAUAACAAUAAGCUCCGUACAAUUGCAAGAGCAGAUUAUUCCCCCUACGGCAUUGAUUUCCCUCAAGGCUCCACCGGUCGGUUUUGCAACGGGAGAACCAUCAUCGAUUUCAUGACUGAAUUCAUAGGAUUGGAUCGCUACCUUCCUCCCUACUCCGAAUCAACAGAUGAAGACGUACUCACCGGAGUAAACUACGCUUCCGCCUCAGCGGGAAUCAGAGAGGAAUCGGGACGACAACUGGGAGAGAGGAUAACAUUUCGAGAGCAAGUGGAGGAGAAUCACAGGGAGAUGGUUUCACGAGUGGUGAAUAUGCUCGGAGGAGACAAGAAUGCGGCGGCCAACCAUCUCGGAAAAUGCUUAUACUCCAUCGAAAUGGGGAACAAUGACUAUCUCAACAACUACUUCUCCGCGUCAUACCCCACCCGUAAACAAUACACGCCCGAGCAGUUCGCCGACAAUCUCAUUGAUCUGUACGGUCAACAGCUCAAUGUGCUAUACAGCUACGGGGCACGGAAGUUUGUGUUGAGCGGAGUGGGAGCCAUAGGGUGCUGCCCGAACGUGUUGGCUCGGUUCAGCCCCGACGGUAAAACUUGUGUCGAAUUCAUCAAUUAUGCGGUCCGAUUGUUCAACGACAAGCUCAAAUCUCUCGUCGAUCAACUCAACAACGAUUUGGCCGACGCAAAGUUCAUCUACGCUAACAACUACGACAUUUUACAGGAUCUGCUCAACAAUCCCUCUGCAUAUGGGUUUAAUGUAACAAACGAAGGAUGCUGUGGGUCGGGGAGGAACAGGGGUCUGUUCCAAUGUUUACCACGAGCAAAACCGUGUCCGAACCGCAACGAGUAUGUGUUCUGGGACGUGUAUCACCCGACCGAGGCCGCAAACGCAAUCAUCGCUCAGCGUUUGUACCGCAGACGCGAUCCUUCCGAUAUUUAUCCCGUGGACGUCUUCACGUUGGCAAAUCUUUGAAAAACACUUAAUCAUAUGAUGAACACUAUUUCGAAUUUUUAUGUGUUUUAUGUUGAUUAUGAUUAUGAAUAAUUUGAGUUUUUAUUAUGUUACGUUUUCAUCAUUAUAAUUCGAAACCAACCAUUUCUAUUUCUA